AUGAUGGUCGCGUCCAAAGCCACCUCAGACCAGUACCUGCUGUUCGAGUCCCUGCUGCUGUUCUACCUGAAACGCCUACCGGAGCAGCUGGAAGCGCUCGUGGAUUCUCGUGCUAGUACGUCAGCGCAGGUAGAAGGAAGAUCACACCAACGUCAUGAAGAUGAACAAUCGACGCACGUGGGGGAUAGGGAUAGCACCACCGGCGAAAACCGGCACCAGCUGACCGACGUGCAACAUGAAAGGACAAUACAAAAUACUUCUGGAGUAGAUCUGAUUCCCGACCUGCUCACAAUCCUGUUUAUCACUGAGUGGGUUCCGCUGGACGUUUUGACUCUCAUCGGCCGCCACACCAGUCAGCGCACGGCCGACGGGAAAAUUACGUACCAGAACAAGCCGUACUCCUUGGACUUCCACCGAAAAGAGUUCUUGCUGUACUACGACAACGAGGAGGCUGAGGAGGAGGAUGGAGAGUCGAAGGAAAUAACCGGGUGGAGGGACUGGUUUCACUUCCGCCUCGACGACGGGACGGACCCGUCGACGAGGACGUCAACAUUCGGAAUCUCCGGCGAAGAUGCAGGAGUGGUCGGCCAAAAUUUGCAACUGACGGACGAGCAAGCUGUCGCUGAAUUCGAAGAGGAAAUCGUGUUUGUUUCGAAGAACGUCCUAGUGGUUCCUGAUGACUUUUCUCGACGACCGGUUCCAGCUGGUGGACUGAGACAAGAAGUAGAUCAAAGCAGCGGUAGCACGACCUCCGCUCGUCUAUCAUCUUCACAUCUGCAAGACGGCUCGCCCUCUAGAUCGAAAGGGGGAGAUCUAGAUCCAGGACCUGCGCUCUCUCCAUCCUCCUUCGAAGAGGCUCUAGCGACCGCCUUUCCGCUGCAGCACCAGGAAACACCAGAGCGAGGUGACCCGAAAAAAUUCAAGCACCAUACACGCAUCUACUCGACGAGCUACAAUCCACUGGUCAUGCCUGGAGAGGAGCAGGCCGCUGCUUCUAGGGAUUUUUCUGAGGACACACUGGAGCAGGACGUCGUAUCUGACACCGAUGCUGGUCCGCGAACCUCUCCGCUACUUUCCACCUCUUGCGCUAACUCACAGUCUGUGUCUGGCAGUGCAGCCACUGAAUCUGUCUGCAGCAACGCGGAGAGCGUUCGGGGCUCCUUCGUGGUAGAGCCAGCUGGGGGAUUCUACGGCAAGGAGCUGGUGGUGCUGGGUGCCGCUGAACAAGAUCCAGUGGCUGAAAGAGAACUUCAACAGGAAGAGUUUCCUCUUGAACGCCUUCGAGAAAAAAAAUUAGCACCCGGCACCACGCACUUUUUCAACCUUUCCUGGCGACAGCAUUUUCAGCUGCUGCAGCAGUACGCCAAGAAUAUUCAAAAAUCCCUCGCCUUGUACAAUUACACGUUUUUCUCCCUGCUUGCAGGCCUGCAGCUCAUCUUGGAAUUGUACCAACUGAAGGAAGAGGAACAAUUGUUUGGGACAGUAGGGGAAGAUGAGGAGGCAACAACUUCAGCCGGGGUAGUUGCUCAAGCGGAAGCCGAACAAACACCAGCAGAACCAGAAGGGCCAGAAGCAGGACAGAAACAGGACAUAGGCGAUUCGCAAGUAGAGGUAGAUGUAGAUAAACUUCAACACGCGAGGAAGACCAUGACGCACAGCAACUAUGCCAGCAACACUGCUGGCCACUUCGAGAACGAUCAGUUACUGGAAGCUCUUUUCGAGGACGAUAGCGGAAGUGCAUCUUCAACCGCAGCAUCCUUUUCCUUGUCAAAGCAACGCGUCGAUGAAAAAAUAAAAAUCGAAGAUGAGGUAACGAGCAACAAGAAGAGAACCACCACCACGCCGAGGAGAACUACCAAGCGAACACCUGACUCAACACCACCACCCGCGCGUCCGAAGCGCCGCCUGAUCCCCCGGGUCCACGUGACGAUUCUGUGGGGGGAGCGAUUGUCGAAGUACUUAAAGAAUUUCCUGAAGCGCGCCAAGGCCUUCGACCUGGACUGGCGGUUCUUCGUGUUUGCGCUCGACGAAGUGGCCUACGAGAGCUGCAAAGUGGCUCGCAGUUCGGGCGACGUCUUCGAUAGUCGGAUCAACCAAAAUCUGCUCUGCAUCGAGGGCUCGCGAAAGACGAUCUACAACAAGUACGUCAUCUCUUCCGUAAUCAACCGGCUCGGCUUUGACGUGGUCUACCAGGAUUUUGACACUGUGUUCCUGAAAGACCCGAAUCCGCUUUUUGACCGGUACCACUUCGAUCCCUCCAUCGACAUCGUCACGGGCCGUGACUUCGGGGUGAACUGCGCGAACACCGGGGUUCUGCUGUUCAAGGCCACGCCGGCCACACAGCUGUUUCUGCAAAAUUGGCUGGUCUGGACCUGGUGGCACCCCUACGAGUUCUCCCAAAAAACCUUCUCGUCCUUUUUCGACAUCGAGAAGACGGCGAUGCGCAACCGCAGCCCCCCGGGACCGGGGUUCUAUCCGGAUACCGCGGUGCGGAAACCCCGCCUGAAGUUUUUCGAGUCCAUCAACACGGUGGUGACACAGCUGGUCUACGGGGACGCGGAGGGCUGGUAUGGGGCGAUCGAGAAUAUUGUCAUCUUCCACUUCGUCGACGGCACCGGUGGCGUGGACGAGACUCUCGCGGUGCAGGGCCGGUACGUCAACGCCUUUGACGUGUUUUACGACAACGAAAACUUGGACCUACUCGACCCGCAGACGCCCCUGCACGUGCAGGACCAGUCCGGCGGUCUGGCGCAAUUUCUCCUGCGCAGUCGGCACGCAAAGCCGCCGGAACGACCGCUGAAACAGUGCGUGCUCUACAUCAGCACGGAAGAUCCGUAGAGGUGCGCAUGCUGGUGGUCGAAGUUCGUUGCGUUACAGUCUGUAGUUGUUACUGCAGAGGAAAAGUUGAAGAACUAUCGGAGAAUGCAGGAACCAUGAGAGGAUAGAAACAUGUCUGUCAUAAAGUGAUCUGCAU